AUGGAUGGGUGUCGUAGAAUGAAAACUGAAACGGAUAUUUUAAACUAUUUUGAUGACAUCAUUGAAAAUCAUCCAGAAACCACACCAGCGCUUGCCGCUGUAAAAACUCUUAUAGAAAUUGUUAAAAAUGGUGAAGCUACAACAUUAAAAGAAUUGAGAGAAAGCCUAACAAAAGCAGAAGAAAUACUUGAUAAAAGAGAUCAAAGUGGCACAUCUUUGAAGUCAGCUUGUCAGCUGUACCUUCGCUUCAUCACUUUUACAUCUUUGGAUCAAGAAGAAUUCAAAACUAAAUUGGUGGAACGUGGGGAACUCUUUUUGGAAAAAGUGGCAAAAUCACAAACAAAGAUCAGUAAGCUUUGUUCUCCUUUCUUAUGUGAUGGAACGACAAUUUUGACCCAUUCAAGAUCUCGAGUUGUUUUUAAAGUCUUAAAAGAUGCAGCAAAUGAAAAGAAAAGAUUUAAUGUAUUCGUGGCAGAAUCACAACCUGAUAAAUCUGGUCAUAAAUUAGUGAAGGAAUUAAAAGAUUAUGGUAUUCCUGCCCAAGUAAUUCUUGAUGCUGCAGUCAGUUCUGUGAUGCCUGAUGUUGACUUGGUUCUGAUUGGGGCAGAAAGUGUUGUUGAAAGUGGUGGAAUAAUUAACAAGAUUGGGACUUUCAAUAUUGCAUUAGCUGCAAAGGCUUUUAAUAAACCAGUUUAUGUUGUUGUUGAAUUUUUUAAGUUUGCUCGCUUCUUUCCAUUGUCUCAAAAAGAUCUCCCUAAAAAGUUCCAGUACCAUGCAUCUCUGGAUAAGGAUUUAAACUCAAAACAUCCUGUGGUAGACUACACACCUCCUCUAUACAUCUCCAUGUUGUUCACAGAUCUUGGCAUUCUUCUUCCAUCAGCCGUCAGUGAUGAACUUAUUAAACUCUACUGUUGA